CGCACACACACACACGCACACGCGCACACGCACUCACGCAGUCAGUCACCAAUCCUCCUCAUUCAACCGCCUCUCAGCCACGGGUCAGCAGCUCAGACAGGCACCUUGUUCCUAUUCAGCUGGGAAGAGAAGAGCAUCGCAAGGUGCACACACACACACACACACACACACACACAUGCGCAUCUUCAAACCGCCCCAGGACUUUAUCUGUGGCAACGGGAGAGAAGACCUGAGUGCGAGGACGAGCAGCGGCCACAGCGACAGGGAGCGGGACCAAAGAGGGACUUUUGAAGGUGGACCCAUAAACGGGAGCGUCGGACGAGAAGGAGCGAAGAUGACGACGGGAGCGGGCGCGUCGCUGUAGGGAGGCCUGCCGUCGACCCGAGGGUGGGUGCCACUUCCCUCCCUUCACUCCCUUCAGGACUCACCACCUUCCAACCAUCCCUCCGCCGGGACAUCUCCCCUCCCCCCCCCCACUCCCUCCCUCCCCCAUCAUCAGCAUGCCUGCAGCCCGCACCAGGUGCACCUUGGGAGUCUGACCCACCAUGUGCAGAUGGACGCCAUCCGCAGACCAUCUCUGUCCUGAGCCCGCCCUCGGCACCACCACCACCACCACCAGCAGCACCACCACCACCACCAGCAGCACCACCAGCACCAGCAGCAGCACCAGCAGCAGCACCAGCAGCAGCAGCGGGCGACCUCUGUCCUUUCCCAGCGCAGCCUCCCUCUGCCUGGCAUGCUUCAGCUUGCUGCUGGUCACCGCCGGGACGGCCCCGGGGGCCUGUCCUCCCGGGGCCGGGCGUGAGCCCCUCCAGGUGCUGGCGAGCGGCAUCAACUGUUCGUGGAUGGAAAGGCACGCUCGCAGUUACAAUCACCUGGAGGGCGACGUCCGACUGCGGCGGCUCUACUCCGCCAACAAGUUCUUCCUCUGCAUCGACAAGACGGGCAAGGUCGACGGCACGCGGCGAAAAAACUACGCGGACAGCCUGAUGGAAAUCCGAUCCGUCAGCGUGGGAGUUGUUGCCAUCAAAUCUGUCAGCACCGGGCUGUACUUAGCUAUGUCCAAGAAAGGCACGCUCUUUGGAUCGGUGAAGUACAACCCGAGCUGCAAGUUCAAGGAGCGCAUCGAGGAGAACGGCUACAACACGUACGCCUCCCUCCGCUGGAAGCACAGCGGCCGGCAGAUGUUCGUCUCGCUGAACGGGCGGGGGAAGCCGCGGCGGGGUCACAAGGCUCGACGGAGACACCCGUCCACCCACUUCCUGCCCAUGCUGCCCUCCUAGCUGCCCGCGUCCGAACUCUGACCCCCACAAACUGUCCGACUGGCUCAGCGGCCGACCGCCUCACGCUGGUGUUGGUCGCGAUCUUUAUUUGUUUAUUAUUAUUCCAUCCUCCCGUCGCAUAAAUGUGCAUUUAUCGAGCGCUGUAACAAUUGUAGGUUUAGCAUAUGUACUUAAGUUAUUUUCUCUAAUGAUGUUCAGUAAUACAGUAAAUAUACCGUAGACUUACACUUUAUGCAGGCAUCUGUCUGGCUACAGUAUCGGUUUGUGUGUCUGAAGUGCUUGCAGACUUUGUGACUUUAAGAGGCUGGAAGGGACAGCAAGGCCGUUCCAGAUAAUGGGGCAAAAAUUACAUUUCCAUUCAAAGCAUCACUUUUAAAACAAAAAAUAGCUACAAUUAGCUGUCAUUGACGACGUCCUUUCAGGGGUUUCUCUCUACAAUUACAUUUUCACAAUUCGUCAUUCCACUUUUAACAGAUUUUUUGUCUUUGUCACCAUCGGUUCACAUAUGCUUCAAAUGUGAAAUCUGAAACAUAAUGUAAAAAUAAUAAGAUUUAAUGUGCAACAGCAUUUCACAUAAACUAGCACAUGGUUCAUCAUGCACACAGGCUCCUAAACGGGAACAAUCUGAUGGUUCAGCAUCUUUUAACUCACGCACCUCAAGAUGCAGAUCGGAGAAACCAAAUAAUAACAUUUGUGGGGGGGGAACCAGUGUUUCUGAAAUGCGACAUUCUCACUGUCUCCUGGGAUCUACUGCACUGACGCUGCUGGACAAGAGACGCUGAAAAGCUCUACUGACUUAAACGCGUUGCUGAGCUGCACGACUGGGACGACACGCCGGAUCGUCCGAGACGACCUCAGCGUGUCUGCGUCUGACUCCCGUCUCCUCCCGUUCAGCCAAACCCACGGCUGAUGGAGCGCAGUGUGACGUGCAGCCUCAGUUCCGUUAAUAAAAAGAUGUGCGUGUUGAGUCAUUUAAUGCAUCGUAGGCAAAGCAGCAACUUCAUUAUUGUACACAGUAAUAAAGGGUUAUUACAUUCGGCCUCUCUCCUAAGUCUCGCUAACAUUUUCUCAACAAGGCUGUUGCUAAUAGAACAUUUAAUAUAUUUAAAACAUUUUGUACUCUAACUGUUUGAAGUUGACGUGUAUUGUUAUUGUGUACUUUUUGUGUUGGAUUGUAGAAAUACUGUUUUAAAAAAAAGAGGAAAAAAUGGUAAUCAAGUACAUAUUUGCUUCAUUUUAUAUGGUAUUACUACUGGAUAUUGGUAUAUAUAUAUAUAUAUAUAUAUAUAUAUAUAUAUAUAUAUUAGGCCAAAGUGUCAGAAAAAACAUUCUUUAGAUUCAUGUCAGAGAGGUAAAAUCAUUUGAGUGCCUUGAUCCGUGCUGAGUUUGGUAAACUUCAAUAAAACAUGUGGAUAAAUCGUGA